AUGGAGGCUGUUAAAGAAAAGAAACCCAAACCUAAAGCAAGGCCUUUGCCUGAUGUUCCACCACCUAUUCCAUCCAGAAAUGUAGUAGUUAAUGGCUAUGUACUUCCUGGCGUCCCUACUCAUGCUGUUGGUAGUAUUAUAACUCCUAAACCGACAGAAGUUGAAGAGAUUGCGCCAGAAGAAGAACGUGUGGAGUCACCACAACCUGAAGAAUUAGAUAUAGCCGAGGAUGUCCCAUUAUCACCGCGAGUAUCAAUAGAUGAACAAAGCCCGGCAAUUGAUAUUAGCAAAUUAAUAUUCCCUAAGACUUCAGACGCACAAGAAACUGUAAACAGUAUAGUCAACAUAACAGAAAGGACGCAGGUGACUCAUGAGCUACCAAGGGAAGUUCUUCAACAACCUACCGCAUAUCCAUGCGUGCCAGAACUUUCUGAAGGCCUAAGUAAAUUUGAAAACGAAUCUGUUGUGAAAGCAAAGGUUCGAGAGUCAGCAGUAAUCGAAGAAGCUCCGCCAUACCCUGAGCUCUCUAGAAUAGUUUUUCCCCGAACAGCACAAGGUCUCAUGGUCGAGCAAGAACUACUCCAGUAUUAUCAUAACCCUUUGUAUGAAUCUACAGAUGAAUUUGUCACAAAUUUCCUACAGAGCAACGAAUAUCCAUCAGGACCUUUAUUCUCUUUAUUGGCUAGGUUACGAACUAUAACCGAUGAACUUUCCUCAACGAGAGUUGCUGAAGCUGAAAACAAAAUUUCUCAAACUAACGCUUUCUCGAAUUGCUGGAGUACCUUCACCGAUAAACGAGAAUUCAAGGGAAAAUGUGGAGAGAAUAAAGAUGGCAUAGGCAAAGUAGAGUUCCCUUCUACUAUGUUCUCAUCAGCAGCUAUGACUGAUCUGAAGAAAGUUGUAAAUACAAACAGAGUAAUAACGAUUGAUCAAGUGAUUAGCGGGGAAGCUGUUUUCCGCUCCUUAGCUCUCCAGGUCCAAUGGGAAAUAAUAAGAAUCAAUAGUCUUUUCAUGGAAGAAAGAGGACUAACGGUUGAGUCACUACCGUGCUUGGUGGACUGCGAUGCCAGACUAACAUCUCGCUCGUUAUUGUUGAAUGCCCUUUCCGAUUUGUUCUACUACCUAAGGGCUCCAGCUGUUCCUCCACAGUUUGCUGAAGCAGUGAUAGGAUGGAUUUUGGAGCUGAAUGCUGUGCUUCAAAUGUACUUCCUGCCAACUGAUGGGUUGUUUAUUAUUAAUCAUAUUUUGCGGCUUCCAUCUCCCGUAGCGACAUGGGCAGCUCCUAUGAUUCAAACAUACAUAGGUAUACAAUGCGCUUGUUCUACGAAAACUAAGUUGGAUUACAGCUUAGCUUUACUUUCUCAUCUAAUGAGACCUAUAAAACAGCGGAGCUCCUUCCUCAAGCUCAUCGGCCAGUCAGAGAAAGAGGAUAAUGCAUGGACCAUGUUGAGUGAUGAUGUAGAUGAAGAGGGAGACUUCUCCUUCGUUACAAUAUCUGAAACUGAUCUUGCUAGUUUACUUGAUCAGGUGCCUAUACCAGAGGCUUAUUCUUGUGCAUUUCAACAUUUCUCCAGAGAAAUCAACGAUAGAACUGAACAGUUUCUGGCUUUGCUAGCUUUUCAAUUGUUGCUCAUGAAGAUAUUGGAUGAAGGGUUAACUACUUAUUCAUCCCCAACGUACAAACAGUUAUGCAAACAAAUUGGAAUGAAUGUUAGAAAAAGCAUAUGCAGUUUGUCCUCACAUUGGACACUUACAAAAAAUAUCAUAGGCCAUUUCGAGAGUGAACAACUUCAGAAGGAAUACGACCGUGUUAUGCUGUUAGUUCUGUUGUAUCUCUUGAAUCGUGAAAGCGCUGGUUUAUUACAAUUUCUUGUGGAUUUGCCAUAUGAAACUGUAACAGAGGACUGUCGCAAGCGUUGUGAAUUCAUUUUACGGUCUUGUGUUCCAUAUGAUAUCAAGGAAAUAUAUGAUCUGCCCAUGGCAACUAUUAACCAGGGUAUUCAACAAGGAGGUUUAAAAGAACGCACAGAACGGUUGUCCAAUCUUGAUGCGGUUUUUGUGAUCAAUGCCGUGUCGACCAUCAUAUCUUAUUCUUUCAAUGAUCCAUCUCCUUUCCUGAAAGAGAUUAUAGAUGUAUGCUUUUGUGAUGAAACAGCGAGAGAUUUGCUCUAUAAAGUGGGAGGAGAAGCUAUUGCUACAAUAAUCAGCAAAAGGCCUACAUGCUUUGAUUCUUUGAUUCUAACUUUGGAUAGGAACAUGGAGCAUAUGGGAGAUUAUGCCAUUCAAGUUUUGGCUUUCGCUCCACUGACGUGUUGUAAAGUUUCUGAAGGUGUUAUGAGCACUUUGGGGAAAUGGCUUAUUAACAAAGCUCCCGAUGACCCUGCCAAUAGACUAGCUAGGAAAAUAUUAUCUGGCAUUUACUGGGGAUAUACUGCCACGGGGGAACUAUGGGUCUCUGAAAAUAUUCAUGUGAUAUGUGCUGAUAUUGUGAUGAAGGCUCAUUUUGUACAUUGCGACAGCUCAAACGGUAUGAUUACAAAAACUAUGAAGCAAAUUUCUAAAAUGGCGAAUAAAAUGGCGGAGCAUGAACAGCUGUUUCUUCGAUUUUGUUGGGAUAUACUCAUAAAAUUGAAACUUCCCACACAAUUAUCGAAAAGUACCAAAAAGGAUCAGCCAGAUCUGGCGGGCUAUUUCAUCACCCUUUCACAAGAUUGCUUAACAAGUUUCAACGUUUUUCUUACUCAAGGCGUCAGCUUACUUCAUGAGUUAAUUUCUUCUGGAUCGUCGACUGCCUCAGUUGUCUCUCUGAGCAGAGUCAUUUCUGAGUUCUAUCGUAAUGUAGAAGAUCUUGGCAAAAACAAAGCAUUCCUAGAUGUCUUCUCGAGAGUCAUCCAUGUUGACCAAUGUUCGUAUGCCAUGCAAUGGUUGAUAGGACCUUCAUCAGAAGCUACACCGAUCGUGCGCUUAAUUUGCUCAUCUAUUUCUUUCUAUUCAAAACGAGUGAAAGACCUAGCCGCAUACUUGAAAGCAUGGGUUUACUUGUUAUGCAUCAAUGGAAUAGAAGGUUGGAACAGCGAUCAGGUUGUACUCCAAAUACUAGGGACAAUCUCACGUAUCGCUUUUUUACAAGAUGCUCACAGUUUCUUAGGAAUACUGGAUCAGUUGCAUGAACACUAUACGAAAUCCAUGCUACCAUCUGCAAAGGAGAAAUCUAAAGGGAUGUUCAGCAUGUUCUCAUCAACUCCUUCUGCUGCUCUUUUAAUCGAAGACAGUCAUCUUAACGUUUCCUUAUAUGCUUCUUACCUCUUACUACUCAUCGAGAGUCGUUCAUUUCCUGACUUCUAUCAGUAUAUAUGGAAUCAUUUAGCAAAGAAGGAUAAGAACACUAUUGAGACUGCUAUGCUGAAAGCUUCAGCGAAAUGCUCUUACUAUCUUAAGCUGAACAACAUCAACGUUUAUCGAUGGGCUAUCUUCGUGCCCAUGUGUGAGAAGAGCGUUCUGCUGCCUUUAGUUCUACAGAGAUUAACGACGGAUGCUUUCACAAUCAGAGCUGCUUUGGGACAAAAAUGUCAGUUUGCGAGGAAGUUAUUGGACUGCACUGAAGCGGCAGGGACUAUUGAGAACUGUAAAGUCGCCCUUCAAAAAGUUUGCCGAGACAAUGACAUCCAGGAUUUCGGAUUCAUCAAAGCUGUGAUGGGAUGGCUCUUCACCGUUGUGGAAGUUUCACGGCAAGGUUUCGACUUCUCCAUCUUCGAUUUGGACUAUUUGCUCCAGAUGAUUCUUGCAGGAGAAAAUAGUGUCUGGUUGCAGCAUGUGAAUGUGAACAUAAUCACGGCAGAAAAUGAGAAGGAUGUAAAGCUCUAUGCAGCUACAUGUCAUAUGAUGAAGAGGGAAACUCCAAGAUCUCCAACACGUUCGGACAAAAUUAAACCAUACUUACAAUCUCAUGCUCUUCCAUUUGGCACAUUACCUGCACACCCGAAUUUGACUCCAUCGCCAAUUGUCUAUUCGAAGAUGGCUAUGAGCCCUGAUUUAGUGUUGAAACUAUCAAAUCCUAACGUCAUUAUGAUUCAUAAUCUGUCAGAUGAUGUCGCCGCUCUAUCCGAAGAGAUAGAACAGGAAGAUGUGGAGUAUUUCAAAUUGGUUUCGCAGAGGUUCAAGCAAGUAUCCAAGAACUUGAACAUCACUAUUCGAUGUUCGCACUCGUGUCCUCGUCCUUUGAAUAGACAGAUAACUGUUAAUCCACACGAGUUUGACAAUGCUGUAGAUGCUCAAAUACUUGCUAAUAGAAACAAGAGAGAAGGGCUUUACAUUGCAAAGUCGGAGAACUUGAUUAAUCAGACAGCUAUACAGACUGCGGGUUUGGAGCAGAUAGCUAGGCAAUUGGCAUAUGCAUAUCGAGAUGCGCAUCCCAGUGAGCGUGAAGCUAUUCAUUCCUCUGGAAAAACUCUUUUCUAUUGUAUCCAAGAUAGUCUGGAAAAAUUUGCUACUGUUGUUCUUCUCUAUCCAGCCGCAUCGGGUACAUUGGAAAAUGUUCUGAGAACAUUAGCUCAGGCAUUCAUAGCGUAUCAUCCGCGAGAACAACUUGAAGUGAUGCAGAAAGUCUUGGAUGGUUUCGUUCUAUCGGCCCCAUUAGUCGAAAGCUUCACUCCUGAUUGUUUGAGUGUUCUUGAUCUGUGUCAGGCUUACAGCUGCAUGUCAACUGCAGUACGGAAUCCAGAACAUUGCUCAAGAGCUAUGCAGUUAUUAAACCGUCUAUCGAUUGACAAGAAUGCUGCUAACUUCCCACCUCAUCAAUUCGCUCCUCUGAUGCUCUUAGCGUUCCAAAAUUUAGAAAGUCAACGAGAUGAAGACUCUGAUUUGCAUAAGUUAUGCUUCCAGCACGUCGUUACCUUUGUUCUUCAUGCGUUUCCUGUGAAUUUCAAGAAUGGCUUAGACUUGACACUCCAAGGAUGCAUCAGGAAAGCUCUUCCGGUUUCUUUGCUUGAAGUAUAUGUUAAUAAACUGGGGGCGAAAGACUGGAUGUCAAGAUCUGGGGAAUUGACUGUACCGAUAUCGACUUGCACAGAGCUCACAACUCUAAUAGGAGCUAGGCUUAUGGAGGCAAGAGCCAAAUCAAUGAAUACAUUGUACUCAGAAAUCGGGAAAUACCUUGGACCUUUGACAAGCUUAAUGCAGCUCUUCGUGUUCACACCAGUUCGCGAGUGCUUUUCUCCUGAUACACCUUUGUUGAAAAUGCAAGAAGAUCUUGACAAACUGUUCCAACAAAUAACAUGUUUGUGGGGUACUCUUGUCCUACCGGCUUCUAAGAAUGUACCGCCGUUUUCUCCAUCUCAUGAAGAAGUCAUAGCUGAUGUCUUCACAAAGUUGGUGGACCUUUUGAAAGCUUUGCCUGAAAAUAUUCAUAUCCCUGCUGGACAUAGGAACGUUCUAUCCUUAGUGUGGCAGUUCUAUUACAAUGAUAUGUCUAUUCUAGUAACGCAAGGAACUGCUUUCUAUUACACCAUCAUUGAAAAAUAUUUCAUAAGGUUGAGUUGGAAUAACUUCUAUCCCCCACUCCAUGUGCUGAGACAAAUGGAUGACUGCUUGGCUAACCGAAGUCAGGAUUGUACACUUUUCUUGGCACAGCUGUUUGUACGCAUACCGUGGAAAGAUCACAUCGAUAAUAACGUUGAGAAAUCAACCUCUCCCUCCUAUAUGGCUAUGUUGUUCUCAUGCUUUGUCAGAAUCACAGCAAGAGAAGGAUUCUAUUCAAAAGUAGCAGCUUCCCUUCUUCAAAUAUUGAAGACUCUCUCAUUGAGAAGUGAUUGGGCUAUGGUAACUGUUGAAGAUGCUCAGUCUCUGGCUGAAACUGUAGCGAAAGUUAUGCCAUUCAACUGCUUGUUCAACGCCACAGAACAAGUCGCUGUUUUGCAAAUAAUCUGGAGAAAGAUAUGUCAGUUUACCCCUAAUCAGAAGUACUCCACUCCCACUCUCAUGAAACAACAGUUAUGGUGUAAAACACAAUGUGCUCUUCUACUCCGAGGGGGAGAAAAAAAUGCUCCAGCUGCGUACAACUCUCUCAUAUCAGAAGUUGAUAGUUUGGCAUUGAAACAUGAUAACUUGCGUGCAUUUUCUGUCGUUAUUAAAGAGCUCAUAACUGUCUGGACUUCAGCAACAGAGCCAGGAUUUGAAGAAUCUGUGUUGAAUGUUUGGAAUGAAUAUUUGAAACUGAAGCCUGAAUCUCCACUUGUUCUCUGCUCCUUAGCAAACCUUGUUCCUUCUUUAGCUGCUAAUAAUCUGCCCCAGGCUUUAAAUACUUUGGAGAAAACGAUUGACAUAUUUUUCCACAGGAAUGUUUGUACAUGGGGCCUGCUGAUGGAGUGGGUUCAGUUCCCCAAUAGUUAUAACACUCAGAUUUUCGGUUAUUUAACAACGAUUCCAGGUCCGGAAAACAAAAUUGAUAUGCUGCCGCUAACUCUGAAGACAUUUUUGGACUUUGGGAUACAUGAAGACAGCUUAUUCCUAUCGCUCAAUACUUACUUACUUAAUCUCAAACCCAAACAUGUCACUAAUGAGCCGGCUUUCGUUAUCGUGCUGUAUCGGUUUCUCGUAUGGUACAUCUCAUAUUGCCAAAAAUUACCACCUAAGUUCGCCAUAAACGAAGAUAUUCUUCCUCAUUUCAUACAUUGGACUGAAAAGUCUUCGAAGGACGAGUCGAGCUUCUUUUCCAACUUGGUCAAGUCCAAAAAAACAACUCAUUCCCCAAAGUUACGAGUUAUCUUCACUAUCCUCACCAACUUUCUGACUCAACAAGGUUUAGGAGAUGGAGUAAGACCCAGAUGCACCACCGUUUUGCCAGUAUACAACGCUCGUCUGCAAGCCAUAAAGGAUGCUUCGGAACAGAAAGUUUUUGCCCCCUUUUCUAGUGUUUUCAAUAUAUCAACAUCAUAUUUCACUCAAGUUGAUAUUCAUGAUAUAACCUCUGCUGGACAGCUUAUUCUUAGGUGCGCUCAGUGUGUGUUUAAACAGAAGUAUCUGAGAGAUUCUUGA